AUUCUCAACUCUUCCGCAUACAACCGACAGCAAAACGACUUACCUGUUGAUCAGAUUCGCGCUCUCGUCAAAGGAUUCACCUUACCUGGAUUGACGCUCUAGUCACUGAAUGGGGAGAUAUUUACGCUGUUGAUAUAGGGUUUUAACAUGGGUGGAGGACAUAGCAGACAGUUAGAUGUAGUGCGGGCGACACUAAAAGACGCCGCCAAGGCUAAACCGGAUGUGGAUAGGCAAGGCAAGUUCCGCUUCCUGAAAAUCGGCGAUGAUGUUCCCAGUCGAGGUGGAGUCAUUCUGCAACGGAUGCGGCACUAUGACCGGGUGGAACCGGAAUUAAAAAAACCCUCUCCAGCACAACAGAGGAAAGAAGCAAACCAUCUAGACUCAGUCUGCUCAUCUCUAGGAAUCUCCGACGCCGAUGCAGAUCUCCUGUCCGCCAUCUACAACGUCCCGGCAGACACCUACACCGACAACGCCUCCAUCUGCCUGGACGCCUUCUUCCAUCUGCUGGACCAGACCACACGGCAGUACCUAGGACACGCCCUCAAGCGAGACUGGGCCUGCUUGCCGCCAGAGGUCGCCUAUGAUUACUUGGAGAUCAUUCCUCCAAGUUCAGGUGGUCUCAAGGUUGGCGAGAUACUCAAGAAAUGCGUAGGAUACGCUCUCCGUUGUAACAAAUUCGAUAUGGCGUCGGCCUUGACCUUGCUCCUAGACCAGCCGACAGAGCAGCGCAAGGACAAAGAGCUACUAGUGGAUGUUAUAGAACUGCUACACGUGCUGUGUCCACGCCUUCUGCUCCCACCACAGCUCGUCUUGAGGAGGUCAGAGGUUAUGACCUACAGAGGUGACCUUCAUGGAGCCAUUAGGGAGCUGACUGGGCUCUUGGAGAAAGACAAACAUGGAGAGAGUAUAUGGCAGUAUCGAUCAGAGGACCAGGAGUUGAAGGUACGAGCACAGUGUUCGCAGAUGACGGGACAAAUACUGCACAAGAUGUGUUGCUGGAAGGAUGCUGUGACCCCACUGGUUGAGUCGAUCACGGCGUUUGGAUCUACACAAGAGAAGGACACAGACGGCAUCAUUGUUUCCUUGGAGCUGAUAUCUAAAUGUCUGUGUAAGAUAACCAAUGGGGACUACCAAGACCUGAAGGAUAUUCUGGGCUUUCAGUUCGACGAUCGCUACUUCCAGGCUCAUGUUGCGAGCAAAGAGGCUGCAGAUCUGGCCAGAUGUCCACUCUUUGCUGCUAGAACACAGAACCAGGCUGCGGAAUCGUUGUUGAUGUACACGGCCCAGCACCCAGGCAGCGCUGACCAUCUCUACAACAUAGAACAGGUCAUCACUGAACUGACCACUGGUCUGGCUGUCCACAAGUCCAGAUGGCAUCUGGAAUGUCGCCAGGAGUUCUUUGAGUUUGUCAGAGCAAUAUACCUCCUGAAACUCGCGUUUUGUUUCUCGGACCGAGAGGAAGACAAGCGAUACGCGACAAAGCUUGAAGAGACCGCCAUGUUUCUGUACGGCAAGUAUUGUCAGCAGCUCGUUUCCGGUGGAUUUAUGGUCUGUACGUUGACCUUGACCCCAGAUAUCAUGACAACGGCCAACUCUCUGAUGGUUGAUCUAGGUCUAGGGGUCAUUGACCCCACUGCUAGCUGUUGUAUUGAGAUAACUCGGAAAGACGUCGAGAAGAAAUCCACCAACAGACGCCAUCUUGUCACGUUCGGCUCCUCACAGGGCAAGGGGUGUGACGAGUACUGCUCUGAUGCCAAGAGGGGUGAAAGAAUGGCAGACAGAUUAGAACUCGGUUUACCUAUCAAUCCUGUUGAAUAUGGCAUCCCCGAUUCUGAUGUACCCAUAGAGACAUUUCAGGAUUUGUGCGGCUGUAUCUUUAGUAAAAGGGGAGAGUACCCCGAGAUUAACCACAGCAGAAGUAUGAGAGUAGGAGGCCGGAAGUUAGAUCCUGAAUUGCCUCCCCUUGUGAGUACAUUCAUUCCCACAUAUGUCGACACACACGAGAGGUGCAGCUCUGACGGCAGCGAUAGUGGCGUCAACAGCUGUGACGAGAACAGCAUCAGCGACGGGGCCAAAUUCUCCCCGUUAUUGUCGGCCGUACCUUCAUUUGUUGGAGACUUCAGACACACACGAAGCGGAUCUGUCAAAAGAGCCCGUCUGUUGAAGUUCAACCCAGUGACAGGGAUAUGGACGUCUCAGAACACGCUGACAUGGCUGGGGCCGGUGCUGGAUCUCCCAGAGAGCAAGAAGGGCAGGUGCCGGGAAGCCUUUGACGUGCAAUAUCUUCAUCAGGACGAAAUCAUGGGCAGGUAUGUGGGCAAGCGCUAUAGGAAGCAGCGAUGUCCGAGUCAGUACCUUGAGGACAUCAUCUGCCAGAAGACCGCCCGCUUCCUGGUGACACUGUUCAACGCGUCCCUUCACACCUACAAGUCGGACAUUCAGGUCCAGUACGUCCCAGUCGCCCACCUCCAGAUCAUGUCGUCGUCGGGGGAGUUGGAGGACUGGAUCAACGUGGAGCCGUACCUGGAGGGGGACUUCAUCAAGCUGACCAACAACUUGUCCUACAGCAACCCUCGAGGUCGAGAACUGGCAACAGCUCUCACCCACUUCUCCUUCGUCCAGUCUCGGGGCAAGUUGAUGCUCGUGGAUCUCCAGGGUUGGAUGCCAGCCGACGGCAAGGGCGUGGUCUACCUCACCGACCCCCAGUUCCACUCUAGCGGUGGGGGCAAACUCAGCAGCUGUGACAUGGGGGAGACGGGGAUUGAGGUGUUCUGGGAGACCGUCCAUCCUGAAUGUAACGACAUCUGCUGGGCUUUGAAUCUGCCAAGACCAUGUGAAGGUUCACUGAUUUGAGCUACAGCGUGUUUGGUAGGCGCAAGGUGGGGUUUUGCGUACAAUGACGUACGGUGUUACAACAUGUCCAUCUACAGCAACAUUUUCAUCUGAUGAGAUCAUGAUCAAACUUACUUGAUAAUGUUGGAAAUAAUAUGGAUCAGUUGCAAUCAACCAUUAUAAGAGUUUGUCAAAAAGCAUAAACCAGUGUUGGUUGCGUUGAAGAAUUCAACCAUGUUUUCAAAUCACAACUACUGGCCUCUAGUUAACAACAGCUGAUUGGACGGCAGUAUCACUGUGAGAAAGGUCAUUCUUUCUCAAUCCUGGUCGGUAUAAUAAUAUGACAAUAAUAUUCCAAACGUCGGUAACAAAAUGGUGACUUGUGAUUCAUAGAACAUAUAAAAUACAUUUGGGUACACAUUCGGGCGUUCGGUUCCAAAUUAACCUCAGCAUUAAGUGUACAGGUUUCAUUCAAACACAUUUUACUGACAAUCAAUGGGACUGCAAAGCAAUUCAUGAGCUGCCAUAACCCUUUCCUUUACAAAAGGACAGAAUGAUUAAUAUAAUAGUUCAUGCAAUCAACAGUAGUAUUUACAGCAAAAUAAUUUGAGACAAGAGCAUGAUUAAAUAUUCAAUUGACAUAAUGUAAAUACGUACACCUAUACAAAUAAGAGGUCCGUGUAAUUGACACUCACAUCUGAGUAAGCCUUGACAAAGUCGGCCUUGACUUAAUGCUUGUAUGUCUGAGUCUUGUAUACUUUCCUUUCUUUUUUUGUUUGUUUCUGACAUAUUUUCUGUUUAAUACUUUUGAUGAACUUUCACAAUAAGUUUUUUUAGGUUAUAAUCGGUAAACGUUUCAUUUGAAUGUUGUUAACAAUUUUAACAACGUUAACAACGACUGUACAUAGUUAUUUUCAUUCUGCGUCUUUGUGGUGAGUCGCUAUAUGGCUGAAAUAAUGCCGAUGCGACGUUACAUUUUAACUCACUCACUCUUUAUGGUGAUCAUCCUGUUUCUUGAUAUAAAAUAGCUUUAGAAACAAAUUGUGGGAGACCUGUGUUGACCCUUGCUGCCUCUAGCUGUACCAUGCCUAGUCCACAAGUUUGUACAUGUAACAUAGGUCUACCUACAACGUGUACAUCUCCUAAUUCGAUCACCCAAGACCUGGCAUUUAUCUGAGAGAGCCAAUCAACAAAGCAUGGCAAUAGUUGCCGAAAACAGACGUUAAUAUCAAAAUCUGUAUGAAAGUGUGCAUGUCCAGUUAAAGACAUUCCUCUUCAUGGGAGAUUGUGAAUGUAUACUAACGGAAAAAAGUAACUGUGCUUCAUAUAAAGUGGUGUAAAUGUUAUGUUAUUGAAAAUAACAACAUAAUAUAUUCGCCUGAUCAAUGUUUAUCUUAACAAAUUCAUUGACAAGGCCCUACCUGAUAACAGGAGACAGAGACACGCCCUAGAAGAGGUGGGGUCUGUCAAUAUCGGGUGUGACCUCCAUUUGCGUUGAUACAGACGUACAGUUGGUGCAUUGCGUAAGCGUUUUUUACGAUUAAACAAGUGUCAGAAGUGUGGAUUUUAGCU